UGGAGUGCUUUGAUUCAUGCUGUUGUGGAGUCUCAUUUUGGGAUUUGGAGAACAAUUAAUGCGGCCAGAACGGAGCGCAUGAAGGAGGAGAAGAUGAAUGUGGAGGCUCUAAGCAGAGCAGAGCUGCUGACUCUCCUCAGUGUCUUGGAGGGAGAGCUGGAGGCCCAGGAUGUAGUCAUACAUGCCCUCAGGGCUCAGCACAGAGAUGCUUUUGUCCAGGAGCGCUACGGACAGUAUGACCUCAGCGAUCCAUUCCUGGCCCUGCAGCGGGACAACGACACCAUGGAGCGCCAGAACACUCUCGCCCAACCUCACACGCAUCUGCAAGGCCGGGCAGUGGGCCCAAACCCUCUGGCUGUGCUUAAACUGGUCAUGGCUCACUGCAAAAGGAUGCAGGAGAGGAUGAUGGGACAGUUAGCUGCUGCUGAGAGCAGACACAGGAGGAUGAUCGCUGAUCUGGAGGAGGAGAAACAGCGGCAUGCCCAGGACUCCGUGCAGCGCGCUGAUUUCACCUUCUUGCUGCAGACAGAACGAGAUAAACUGCUGCAACAGUUGGAGGUGGAGCAUGCAACAGUGCAGAGGUUAGAGAAGGAACAAGCACAAGUGGUGAGCAAAGUGGAGGAGUCCCUCUCCCAGCAGCAGCAGCUCUCCUCAACUCUGAGUCUGGAGCUCCAGAAAGCCAACAGCCAGGCUCAGGAGGAGGCUCAGAAGGUCUCCCAACUUCACACAUUGCUGCAAGAGGAGACCAGCGCCCUGGAGAAGCUCCGGGCAGUUCUUGAAAGCGAAAAGAGCAGGACAGCUCAGCUUGAGGCCAGGUCUGAGCGGCAGCUGGCUGAGUUUGACACAGAACGAGAGCAAAUGAAAGCCAGGCUCAGCAAAGAGGAGGAAAGGAGUAGGGAGCUUGAGAGACAGGUGGGGGAACUCAGGAAGAGGUUGGCUGAGCCCGAAGGAUGUAAAGAAGAGGUAAAGGUGGCUGCAAUGGAGGUGAAAGAGCCAUUAUCCAAGACGAUGGUGGUGUCCACCUCUGUUCAGACUGAGCCAGAUGGAAAGGUAUCUGCCACUGCUAAAUCCGCCUCACUGCCAAAGGUUAAUGGCCAUCACGCUCAGAAGGAGACAGAACCAACACAGGAAGGGAGAGGAGCAGAAAACGGAGGAGUAGAAAAUGGUGGAGGAGCACUUUUGCAUUCGCCUCUUCACCCUCUUCCUCACCCUCAUCCUAACUCUCCCUCCAGCACAGCUUCCUCUUCCCUCUCCUCUUCCCCCAUUUCUUCCCCUGUUCUGGCAAAGCGUCUGGGCAGCCCAGGCUUCCAUCAGUCCUCCUACCAGGCUGGAGUCAACCAGCGAUUCCAGGCUGCCAGGCACAAGUUCCAGAGUCAGGCCGAGCUGGAGCAACAGCAGCACGGUGGCCCUCUUUCCCCCAGGGACCUCUCCCCCACCACCUCCUCCAUCCCUCCCCCUCCAGAGCACAGCACGGCGAAGCAACUGGCCCGCAACACUGUCACUCAGGUGCUGUCCCGCUUUACCAGCCAGCAGGCCGGAGUCAAGCUGUCGCCAAUCAGCAGCUCUCCGUUUGGUACAGACUACCGCAAUCUGGCGGCAUCUCCUCCGGGGUCGAGGUCGCCUUCUUCCGGCCCCCUGUCUCCGGGCAUUCGCUCUCCCCUCACUCCUCGCUCAGAGAAGACCAAUCCUCCUCCAAUCCCUCCCAAGAAGCCAGGCAUGAGUCCAACUCCAGGCUCCCCAAGUCACUCUGCUCGGACCAGCCUCUUCCCAGAGCUGACAGGGAACUGUGGACACAGCAGCAGCGGGCAGGAGGGAGCGAAGGAGUCAGACCUGGUUUUAUCCUCUAGUAGCUAACAGCCAGAUCAUACAAACUAACUGGUAAACAAGUCAGGGCUAAAUCAGCAGUUCUGUAAUAUCUGUCUUUGCUUGCCCUUGCAAACCCACUUCAUAGCACUCAAAAUCUAGACACUUCAAAGCUGUGCUGGUUUCAACAGAUGCAGAGUUUGUCGCACCCCUACCUCCAUAGCACAAUCUGAGAAACAAUUGGAAAAGACAUACUAGAAGUAAAAUAUAGUAUAUUAUGGAUUUAGUAUUUCUUUUCUGUUGAUUUCUUUAUGUUGAAUUAUUGAGUUUAAGUUGUUUUCUACAAACCACAAGCAAAACAUCUGUUGAUUUUGAAGAAAGAAAUGUCAAUGGGACUUCACUGUACAGUGCUGCUUUCCUUUUUUUUUUCUUUUUCUCCAACUCUCAAACUGCCAAUCCUGCUACAAUCAAAGAAGAAAAACCGUAUAGCAAUUAGAAGGGCUAAAAUCUAUGGAUGUGGAGCAUAGCAAAUGUGUAGCUACUGUAUCGCCAUUUUAUAAUAGUGAGUAGUUUUUAAAUGUUUUCACAACCAAUUCUUAUGCAGUUUCUAUCGAGAUGUUCCACGGUAAUAUAUUGUAAAUAUGUUAAAGAAUUGAGUCAAUUGUCUAUGAACGAACAUCACAUGCAUGUACUGUUUUUUUCUACUAUACUUAUGAAUACACUGAGUCUUGUCUUGAAAAGGGAGAGCACACUUUGCACUGUAUUACUGUAUUUCUACAAUUCAGAUUUGUUUUUUGUUUUUUUUUUAUUCAGGGAAGGUUGAUUUCUCCUUCACCCAAACCAAGAAGGACUACAUGUCAUGCUUAUAUGACAACUGUUUUAGAUAUUCCAUCCGUGAAGAUAAUGGACGCUAAAGGUUUGAAUCUUGCUACUGUAAUUAUUCUAUAGUAUCUGUCAAAUUAUUUACAUAGCUUUGUCUUAUCCUAACAGUGAUGCACAUCAGAUGAUUGUUAUAGGUUUACCGUUUUUUAUGUCUUAUAUUGUUUUGGCUUUAAAACUGAUAUUUUUCACCAAUCUAUUUAAACCUGUAGAUGUAUGCACUGCUGUCUGUGAGGGGUUUCUCAGCUGUCUCUAGUAAAAGAAGAAUAUGAACACCUGCAACAUUUAGUGCUUUUUAAAAAAAUAAACUGUCCCUAUUUUAAAGCUUA